ACACAAUUAUAUCCUUUAACAACCCCAAUCAAUCGGCGGAAAUCCCAGAUCACUUGCCUCCCGGUUCCUUUGUGAUGGUGCUAGAGGUGGGAGGGGCGGACUACGCAGAAAACGUGACAUAUACCGUCAUGCAACACCCCUCCUCUAAUUCCUCUGCCGAGUUUUUCGUGGUGGAUGAAAUAGCUCAAGUAACGCUCGUCAAAAAGAUGCAAAGGGCUACUGUUAGGAAGGACUAUCUGUUCCUGGUAGAAGCAAAGGAUGCGUGUAAUACAAGCGCUACAGUGACACUCUCCAUAGAGUCACAAAACAUGGCAAGUCUGUGUUUUUUAAAUGGCCUCUGCAUUGUCUGCAAUAUAAAUGGCACCGUAACUUUCCGAACGAUGACAUUAUAA